AGUAUUGCUGUGUUGUGUUGCUAGUCUGGGAAAUCUAUUCAAAAUUAAGGAAAACAAAGCGAUUGAUAAAGAAACAGAAUGCAAUUUUAUAUUUCAUUCCGGUUUUAGAUAUCCUAGAGUUCAGUUGCUAAAUGCAGUCAAAUAUACCGCUGAGAUAAUUAAAAUCCGUUAAAACAUGAAGAGUUCUAAUCGGGAAACUGAUAUUCCAAAGUACGGUUUGAAACUGAAAUUAAAUCAUGAAUAUCCCGAAGAUAGAACUCAAGCAUACGUUCCUAGUCUACGUACAAUUUUUACUCUUUUUCCAUUAAUUAUCAGGUACAUAUUCUUCUAUUUGAAAUGUAAAAUAAGUGGCAAGACCAUUAUUAUGGAUUAUGUUCAUCCUAAAAGAGCUAAACGUAUUUAUGGUGUUCCUCUUGGAGGAAUAGGUUCAGGUUCUAUUGGCAGAGGUUAUAAGGGGGAAUUCUGCAGAUUUCAGAUGAAACCAGGUCUCUAUGAAUGGAAAACAGUAGAAGCAAACCAAUUCAUAGUAACAAUAAAAGAUGAACAUCAGAAAACUAUAUUCCACAGUUUAUUAUCAACAUAUCCGAAAAAAACUUUGAGCUCUUGGAAAAGUUUGAUUGAAGCUGAUAAAUGUAAAUAUACAGGCCUGUACCCAAGAAGUUGGACAGAAUACGAUAUUUCAGAAUAUGGUGUCAAAUUACUUUGUAGACAAGUGUCGCCCAUAAUCCCUAAUAAUUAUAAGGAUUCCACAUUGCCAUGUGCUGUUUUCGAAUGGAAUGUUGAAAAUGUUUGUGACACCGACAGGACUGUAACGAUUGCUUUCACUUUCAAAAAUGGAACAGGAAACAAGAAAGAAGAUAAAUUAUCUUCAAGUCACUCCAAAGCCUUCAGUGUUGGGGGCACUGAUGGUGUCAUUUUGUAUCACACAGUCUGUGGUAUGCCAGCUAGCUAUGUAUUGGCAACAGAAGCAGGUAAAGGCAGAGAAAUUUCGAAGUGCCUUCAUUUCGAUCCCAAUUCCAGUGGUUCGGAGCCUUGGUAUCAAUUGAAAAACGAUGGAAAGUUCCAGAAACACGCGGACUCUAAUACGAAGAUAAUUCACGGAGAGAUGGCUUGUGGCCUUGCGGUAAAACUGACAGUAAAACCAACUGAAACAGAAGUCAUCAAAUAUAAUUUGGUUUGGGAUAUACCGUUGAUAAAUUUUCCCAUGAAAGCGAAGAAGUAUUACAAAAAAUACACUGAUUUCUUUGGCCGUGAAGAUGCAGCCCUGAAGAUUUCUCAGUAUUCUUUUCAAAACUACAGACAGUGGGAAAAAGAUAUUCAUGCAUGGCAGAGUACAGUUUUAAAUGAUAGUAAUAUCCCAACAUGGUUCAAAACUGCUGUAUUCAAUCAGUUAUAUUUUGUGAGUGAUGGUGGAAGUAUUUGGCUUACUUUGGACGAAAAGGAGAAGGAAGCAUUACCAGAAACAGAUCCAAGAAGAACAUAUGGCAGGUAUGCUUACCUGGAAGGACACGAGUAUAGAAUGUACAACACCUACGAUGUUCACUUUUACGCUUCUUUUGCGUUGAGCAUGAAUUGGCCACAUCUUCAAAGCAUAAUACAAUACGAGAUGAAGGAUAUGGUGUUCGAGGAAAUUCCUGACAAGGUAACCAUGCUCUUUGAUGGAGAGAGUGUCGAGAGGAAAGUUGUGAAUACAAUUCCCCAUGAUAUUGGAAAUCCAGGUGAAGAACCUUUUGUCCUCCCCAAUGCUUACAACAUUCACGACGUGAGCGAAUGGAAAGAUUUGAACUCAAAGUUUGUCCUGCAAGUUUUUCGAGACGCUUGGCUUACCCAAGAUGGAAAAGUCAACGAAGUUUAUCUCAGAGAUAUGUACGAUGCUUGUUACAUAGUCACCAUGAAUCUCUUAAAAUUCGAUACUGACAAAGAUGGUCUCAUAGAGAACAACUCUAAGCCUGACCAAACAUACGAUACUUGGACCAUGACUGGACCCAGUGCCUAUUGUGGAGGACUGUGGCUGGCAUCACUGUUUGCCAUGGUAAAAAUGGCUGAACGCCUAGGCAAAGAAGAAGAUUCCAAAACAUUCCGCGACCUGUUGGAAAAAGGAAAAAAUUCCUUCGAUAAUAAACUUUGGAACGGUAUUUAUUACAAUUUCGACUGUUCAGAAGAUGAGAAGAAAUCUAUAAUGGCUGAUCAGCUGUGCGGCCAUUGGUAUUUGAGAAGCAGCGGAUUCAAUUACGAAGUAUUUCCGGAGGAGAAUGUUCGCAGUAGCCUGAAAACUAUUUAUGCCAAUAAUGUGCAAUCUUUUUGUAAUGGAAAUAUGGGAGCUGUAAACGGAUUCAUUCAUGGAGACCAAGAUCAUUUUACAAUACAGAGUUUGGAAGUAUGGCCUGGUGUGACCUAUUCCUUAGCUUCCACUAUGAUAUUCGAGGGUAUGAUAGCUGAAGGAUUUAAGACUGCAGAAGGGAUGUACAAUGCAAUGACUGACAUGUUUGGACUUGCUUUUGACUAUCCAGAAGCUAUUUAUGCUCAUAAAAACUAUCGUUCUAUUGGUUAUAUGCGACCUCUAAGUAUAUGGUCAAUGUUACUGGCUUACCAGAAGAGUCAAGUGAAAAAUUAAUACGUACGAGAUAUUAUAUCAACGUAAUUUUAAGAUUAAGAAUCAUAAUGUUUAGUUUUAAAUGGGCACAUUUAUUAUUUGAAUCUCCGUAUUAUUUUAUCUACAAAGUAUUAAAUAUGUGUUUUUUUUAA